AAUCUGAUUGGCUGGUUCGCUUUACGCUUGGACGUCCUCGCUGACGCGAUUUCGGUAUAAAAACCUGGGAGACCCAGAGAGAGAAAUCAAACAGGCUAACGUCAGCCAAAGGAAAAACUCAAAGAACAAAAUGCUUGCCAAGCUACUGAUCGCUCUAUCCGUCCUUUAUCUGGCCGCUCUCCUAGCGGAGGCCGCCAUCCCCAGACCUGGAUCCUUCGCUAGCCAGUUCCUGACCCAGAGUCUCAAACGCCGAGGAGGGCGGGGUCGCAAACCUGUUACCCCAAAACAGUGCGAGGCCUCUGGUCACGCCGCCAUCGUUAAACCCGAGGACUUUAUCACUCCAGGCUGGAACCCUCAACAAGAGAGAAGAGUAAUGGAGAAUGUCCGUCAGAACUUGGAGGAGUGGAAUCGUAUGAUGGCCUUCAACCAGUACUACGACCCCCUGGACUACAGUGAAUACGGUUAUUACAAGAAAGGCGAAUACGAAUUCGGAUGCAAGGACGUCUGUAUUCAGAAAAGAACUCCCGUCCUUGGCGCUUACUUGACUAUUGAGGACCAUAACGGUAUGAACGGGACGUACCCUUGCUACGUGGCCCCCUCCCAGAAACUGUGGUACACCACCUGUGGACAAAAGCUGCCCCAAAUGACCGUCAGCAUGAGCGCCUCCUACCAAUGUCUUCCCGACAUGAUCCAGGAGAGAGAGGUUGUCAUGUACUGUCCCGACAUCGUGCCUCAGUGCCGAACCAGAACAUUCGCCCUGCCCCAGGCCUGCGUCCUUCAAGAGGUCAAGUGUAUCAGCACCUUUCCCAGGAGAGGGUAGACAGACAAUCUCCCAGUAAUAACUCAGAUUGAGUUAUCUAUUCGGACUUUUAUUUAGGCUUUGAAAAUGUUCAAUUUUUUUUUAUUACAAACCUCUCUAUCUUUGGAUUCUUUAGAUUUUCUGAAUUGAUUUUAAAUUUUGAUUUUAUUUACUUUUUCUGCAUUUUUAAUUGUGUCCAGAAUUUAAAAAUCAAACAAUCCUACUGAAGAGGCACGCUAAAAAAUGAUGACCCUUCAAUUGUUUAACCAUGUGUAGAGAUAUCUCAAUGAUUUGUGAUAUACAUGUAUAUUUAUCGCUGACCACGGUAUCGAUCAAUCGAUACAUCGGAGUCAAAUUCGAUAUAUCGGUAACAACAUCGAUAUGUUAAUAUCUGUGAUAGUAGGGACUUCAAAUACCUGUUUAUUUCUGUUGCUAUAUGUUUCUUUUUUAUAUUUUUUUUGUGUUUGUUGUUAUUGAGGUAGAAUCCAUGACCACCAAAUACUUGUGUUGAUUGGAGGUCAGGCGAUUCUACCUUAAACUCGUAAAAUCCAAAAGUUGCCAAACUCAUCACCUUAAUUGUAUGCCUCAUUCUUCAUUAUUUGUGUUAUAAAUGUGUAUGCAUGUGCCCGGUAUGAGCGAACGAUUUUAAUGUGCAAUAUUUUUUCUGUGCAAUAAAUAUUUUGCCUAAAAAAUA